AUGAACUUUGAUGGGGCUCUGUUUAGUGAUCUCAGUGCUGCUGGCUUAGGUGUGGUGAUUCGUGAUUCGAGUGGGCAAGUUGUGGGAGCCUUGGCAGAACGCAUCCCAAUCCCCAGGUUUUCUGCAACUAUGGAAGCUCUAGCGUGUUGUAGAGCUCUAAAUUUUGCUAAAGAGUUAAGUAUUUUUGAUGUAGUUUGUAAAGGUGAUGCAGAAGUUAUUAUUAGAGCUUUACAAUCUAGGGAGGUUGUUCAUCCAGAGUAUGGUCAUGUGUUGCAGGACACCCUUGUUUUGGCAAAUGUUUUAAGAGUUUGUAAUUUUGUUCACGUAAAAUGUGUAGGUAAUUUGGUUGCCCAUUUUCUUGCCAGACGUUCUAAGUCAAGCAACGAGCUGCAGGUCUGGCUUGAGACCAUUCCUGAGGAUAUAGCUCCUCUUGUAAUGAGGGAUUCUUUGUAA